GACCCAGCUGCGACCUCCGAUCGACGGCGGCACGGCUAGCAAUAUAAUGGCGGCGUCCAAGGCACUCCUCCUGCUUGCGCUCCUCGCUGCGGCCGCCGUGCUCGCCACCGCGGCGGACCAACGAACCCAUGACAGCAAGGAGAAGAUGGCAAGCGGCGCCGCGGGCGUGGAGCACUGGCACGGCGGCGGCCACGGCCACGGCGGAUCAGGUGAUGAGCACAGCCACGGCUGCGAGUACGGCUGCUGCCGCCGCGUAUACCACGGAGGCUGCCAGAAGUGCUGCCCGCCGCCCUCAGGCGGCGGCCCGGAGGUGGAGAACUAGCUAGCUAGCAAGACGUACCUGCGCGCCCGGCCUGGCGCCCAGCGAGGGUGUUCUUCAAACUCGAUCUAUCGUUGCACACAACACGGGUGUACGUAGCAUAUUUCUAGCUUGGCAGUGGUAGAAUCCUCACUUGUCCUUACAAGUGAAUAACGUGCGACAUAUGCAUGUACGGAUCGACCCGUGUGUGGACGUACACACGCACGUACGUCUUUCCCUGCUGCUGGUUCCAAAUAAUUAAUACCAACGAGUCGUGCCACAUAUAGCAAGAGUUACAUA